CUAGAUAAGUUAACUUCUCAAUAUUUAAGUGUCGCGUGUCAGACUAGGAGGAGACUUGGAGGAUGUAACUACUGCAGAUGUUGAAGUUGGUGCUUUACUACCACGAGCAUAUUAUGCCUUAAGUAGCUGAGUGCGGUAAAUGAACCUCCUACUUCUGUGCCAGCAGAACUUGAGAUCUUGCUCCUUCUUCCCCUAAAAACUGCUGUCUUAAGGUCUUUUGAAGCCUAUUUGGCUUUCAGAAUUCACUCAUGUUGUCAGUACCCCGGAGGACGAUGCUACUUGUUUGGUAAUUACUAUGAAUUUUUGCUAUUAGGAGCAGUCCUUUUAUCUGCACCCUUGUUUCAAACCUAAGGAAAAAAAACCAGGACAGAAUAAACCAGUGAUGCACGUUAGAUCUUCUCUCCGCAAAUCCUGUUACGCUUCUGUUACUGCUUAUUGCAGCCAGCAGUGUUUUCUCCCAAGUUACAGCUAAAAAGGAUUCAUGAAUUGUGUAGGAGAACAUACGUAGUUUGCAAACGGGUGAAGACAAGACGUGUAGGGGAGUAGCGUGAUGGCCGAGCUCGGAAGGUCAGGUCUGGUUGAGUGUCACCUUGUGCAAACUUUUGCAUUGGAGAGCGGGAGCCGUGUGGAUGAACACGGGGGACGUGCCAAACGCUCGUGUGGAGCGUUUUAAACUUGAAAGAGAAUAACGGAUGCCUCAUGGAUGUCCCUCUGAAAUAAAUAGGUGGCUCUCAAGAUUCUUGGUAAUAACUCGAUAACCCAUAUCUUCCAGAUAAUCGUUAUGUACCUUCAGGUAUUAGAAUGUGAACGUAACCAGCACCUGGUCCAGACGUCAUGGGGAGCCUCUGAGGGUAAGUGACUAAGACUUCUGCUCUGCUGCCCGAGCCUGUGGUGCAGGGAUAGCGUCCGUCUUCAGUCAAACCACAGCAGGCUCUCCAAAGAGAACGCUGACUCUAGACAGGUGGUAUAUACGUGAUAGUAGCGUAACUGGCCAAAUGCUGCUUGUGCUUAUACUAUUUUGACUUUUAUUUUCAUUGUGCGUUUUGACUGUUGUAUAUUUUAUAACCUGCUUGUUGAAAUUCUGAAAGUGUUUUUUUUUUUUUUUAAAUGUUAUAUUUCUAUAACUGUUACUAUGAUGUAUUUGUAAAUGAUAAAGCAAGUUAAGGUGGGGUUUAAGUCUUAAAGGGAUGAAUUAACGCAAUGAAGACUAAAAUCUGAUUUCCAUAUGUAAACCACUUAGAAAACAUUUGAGUAAAUGUGUGAUGCUUGGAGUCAAAGGUGAUACUUGGGGCUCAGAGAAACUUCCCACUCCCAGAUUUCCCAGUAUCGGUGCAUGAAGUACAGGAGCGUGGGUUACAAACUUCUCCUUACCAGUUUUCCACUUAUUAUUAAAGGGUGAGGGAGGAAAUUACCCCACUUGUCAAAUGGUUCAGAUGUUAAAUCGGUUGUGUACUGAUGCGUGUUGCUUCCAGUCCCUCAACACUGGUGGAUAUCCAGUACAAUCGUUUUUUGAAAUGUGCGUUUUCACAUUACCCUUUUCUUAAAAUAUUGUGACAAGGAUUCAUUUCUUCAUGUGUCUGAUUCUGAGCCCACAGGGAAAAAUAUACGGAUGCCAAACUUGGAAGCAGGCACGUUUUUCAAUUGGGCAAAUUAGAAAAAGGCUGUUUGGCUUCCAGCUGUUUGAAAUACCACUUUUCUUUACCGCUUCUUCUGCCAAAAGGUUUGUGCUGUUUGUAGUGGGAUAAGAAGAGGAGGUUUUGAAGUUCCUUUCCCCCAGAAAGAUGAGCUGAUGUUUAGCGUUGCUUUUCUGGGGUGUAAACAGGAACUUAAGAGAAGCGGGACAGGCGGGAGUUUGAUACGCUUGGGAUCCAAGUUCCUUUAGUCUGUCCUGUGGAAAAUGGUUCCAGGCGUGUGGGCUGUGGUCUCUGGUUUGGACGUCUUGGGGUUAGUGAAUCCUUGUGUACUGGGUACCCACCUGGUUAGGACUUUCUUUUGAGACUUUAAAUCAUGGCUGGUUUCAGCUUUUCCCCAUCUGAUACUUUGCUUGACAUGUUUGCUCAAACAUCUAGAUCUUUUUAAGCACAUCAGCUGACAGAUUCAGAGGAAGUUACUUUGUGUAUUUAAGAUUUAGAAGAAUAAUGCUUAAGUGUACUGACUGGAAUAUAUGCAAUAUUUUUACAGUUUUCUCAUUCUGUGAAUAUUCAUUUUAAGCAACCUUACUGAAAUGGGACAAUUUGGAAACCGUGUUUCAUGUGCCAAAGAGGAGAUCUGCCUGAGCACUGAGUAUUCUCCUGAACUGAUGUCCCCAAACACCCUCAUUUCUUCUGUGGCUGCUUUUUGCAUCAAAAAGAAUUCCAUUCUGGAUGGAAAAUACGCUUCUGAAGGAAAAGGGACCCCGUAAAUCUCCAGUGGAAGUCGGCGCCUGCUGCAGAGAACUGUGAUUUCCUGGGAGAACUAGAGGAGCUGCAGCUUGCGGCAAACGUCGGGGUUCAGCCCUGUUGCAGAGAAACAUGUGAACCUAAAACUCUCUGAGUACUUCAGAUCACAUCGUAUGUUGUCUUGAUGGAAGUGUCUGUUGCGUGAGAGCAAGCCAGUAGAGACCCAGAAGGAAAAGUGAAGUUAAAAUUGGUUCUCUCCUCACAAGUGAAUUUUCAGCAGCCAGUCAGUCAAUCAAACUUAAUUUCUGUCACACGUCCCUCCCCUUGAGGGAUUUACUUUUUUCUAGUGAAGUCAUUCAACUUUUCUUUAGAUUUUACAGGAGUAUAGUUUUGAUGUCUAGUAACUGAACGCAGAAAGAACUAGUCUUUGUAGAAGUAAAACCAAAACAAAACCCCACCAAACAACUUUGCAGUGCCGUGCAAUGUUUCUGGUAUCCUGUCUUUCAGGAACUACAUGAACGACAGCCUGAGGACAGACGUCUUUGUGAGGUUCCAGCCAGAAAGCAUUGCCUGUGCGUGUAUUUACCUCGCAGCGAGGACACUGGAGAUUCCACUUCCUAAUCGUCCACACUGGUUUUUACUCUUUGGAACAACAGAGGAAGAGAUUCAAGAAAUCUGCUUAAAAAUUUUGCAACUCUACACUCGGAAAAAGGUUGAUUUAUCUGAUCUGGAAAGUAAAGUGGAAAAGAAAAAACUGGCUAUCGAAGAGGCAAAAGCACAAGCUAAGGGUCUGGUACCCGAGGGAGCGCCAAGUUUGGAUAACACAUCAGGAUUUUCCCCUGUCCCAAAAAAUGAGUCUCCAAAAGAGGUUAAAGGAAAUAAACCUUCGCCGCUACCUGUUCAGGCGAUGAAGAAUGCCAAAAGGAAAACAGAAGGAGCAAAAAGAAUGAGUUCAAAUAGCCCAGUAAACGGAGUUCAGAAAGGAAGAGAAAGCAGAAGUCGAAGUGGAAGCAGAGAUCAGAGUUACUCAAGAUCCCCAUCCAGAUCCGCGUCCCCCAAGCACAGGAAGAGUGAAAGUUACUCCACGUCGAGCGGCUCCAAAUCCCACAGCCGUUCCAGGAGCCGCAGCGACUCUCCUCCAAGACAGUUCAACCACGGUUCCAGCUACAAAGCUUCCAAGGUGAGAAGUUACAAGAAAUCGAAAGACUACAAAUACUCGACACACAAGCCGCGGAAAUCCCGCAGCAGGAGCUCCUCGCGCUCCAGGAGCCGCUCCCGGGAGCGCUCCGACCACUCGGGGAAGUACAAGAAGAAGAGUCACUACUACAGAAACCACCGGCACGAGCGUUCGCGGUCGUACGAGCGAGCGGGUCAUCGCUACGACCGAGAGCACCCUGGCCACAGCAGGCACAGGCGAUGAGCAAAACUAAGAGUUGUUUCCUUUGGAACUGCAGCAGCGGAGCUCUUCCCCGCUCGGCCUUUGCAGUGUGUAGGGUUAACCUGUUGUAAACCAUGAGUAGCGUCCAUUCUGCUGCAAUUCUGUACUUUAUUGUGAAUCCAAAGGAAAGAUACUAAUGUGAUGAUGUGAAAGAAUUAAUGUGUCACCUCAUACCGCCGCAGAACCCGUCUGCGGACGCUCCUGUGCCUGCUGCGGUGGUGUGGGGACCGUAGCGCGGUGCAGUUGGGGCUGUGAGCAGGAGCUCCGCUGCUCAGCGCUUUGGGUUCUGGGCUUGCACGGUCCUUCCCUGCGGAACCCGGAGCCUCGAGGCGGUCGAUACAACCCAUGGGAGUAGCUUGGUGCUAACAAAGCUCUUUUCAUACUGACUCAAUUAUGUUGUACAAAUGUAAGGUGACCUUUUUUAGAGCUGUUGCCUAUAUUAGGUUAUUUGUGUAUAUACAUUUUGCAGUGUUACAGUACAGUAUGGAAUAUGGCCUUACUAGCCUUUACACUUUAUCCACAAUGUAAAUAAGCAUUUGUUAAUUACAGCUGGGAGGUAUAUACAGAAAAUUCAAAACUUGAAUUCUAUCAAAAGACUUGUGUAGAAAAUUCUGAUAAAUGUGAAAGUAUUUAGCUCUGUGUAUUGAGAGUAGUAUAUUUUUAUCUGUGCAAUGCUGUGUGCAGGCCACCAGCUCGUAAGACAUUUCCUAUAUAUGCAUUUUAAGUGGUUUGGAAUUCUUUACUCAGGAUCUUUGACACUCUGAAGAGUUGGUAGUUUGUCGAUCUGCAUGCUUGUUGAAGAACAGAGCAUUAAACAACAACAGCAAACCCCCCACAGCCCAGUAGUAUCAGUUCUAGUGGUAUAUCUGAGCUGUUACUCUCAUGCUCCCUGAUUUCAUUAAAGUAUUUGAUUUUCUAUUAAA